UCCCCCGUGAACCGUUAGGGGGAACGGGAGAGCUGGAAUCCCGCUAUACGGCCCGCUCCCCUCCGUGCGUAAGAUCCGGCCUGGGGGAAAGGGAUGAAUGUUAAUUUCAAAGAUGGCGGCGGAGGGAGGAGGGAAGGAGAUGAACGAAAUUAAAACUCAGUUCACCACUCGGGAAGGCGUCUACAAACUCCUCACUCACUCCGAAUACAGCCGUCCUAACAGGGUGCCUUUCAACUCGCAAGGUUCCAACCCCGUCAAGGUCUCCUUCGUGAACGUCAACGACCAGUCGGGCAACGGCGACAGGAUCUGUUUCAAUGUGGGCCGUGAGCUCUACUUCUACAUCUACAAAGGCGUUAGAAAGGCUGCUGACCUGAGCAAGCCCAUAGACAAGCGUAUCUACAAGGGAACGCAGCCCACCUGUCAUGACUUCAACCACCUCACAGCCACAGCAGAGAGUGUGUCCUUGCUUGUGGGUUUCUCUGCAGGACAGGUACAGCUCAUUGACCCCAUCAAGAAGGAGACAAGCAAGCUCUUCAAUGAGGAGAGACUAAUAGACAAGUCCAGAGUAACAUGUGUGAAAUGGGUGCCAGGCUCUGAGAGCCUGUUUCUGGUCUCUCAUGCCAGUGGAAAUAUGUACCUGUACAACGUGGAGCAUACUUGUGGCACCACAGCUCCACACUACCAGCUGCUUAAACAGGGAGAGAACUACUCUGUGCACACUUGUAAGAGUAAAUCCACGCGGAACCCUCUCCUUAAAUGGACAGUGGGUGAGGGGGCUCUGAAUGAGUUUGCCUUCUCUCCAGAUGGGAAGUUCCUUGCCUGCGUUAGCCAAGACGGCUUCCUACGAGUCUUUAACUUUGACGCGGUCGAACUUCAUGGCACCAUGAAGAGCUACUUUGGUGGCUUGUUGUGUGUGUGCUGGAGCCCUGAUGGAAAGUACAUAGUUGCAGGUGGAGAGGACGAUUUAGUGACAGUGUGGUCGUUUUUGGACUGCAGAGUCAUCGCCCGAGGUCAUGGGCACAAGUCAUGGGUUAGUGUGGUGGCAUUUGACCAUUACACCACCAGCGUGGAAGAGAGUGACCCAAUGGAGUUCAGUGGCAGCGAUGAGGACUUCCAGGAUCAGAUGAUCCACUUUGGACGAGACCGGGCCAACAGUACGCAGUCCCGACUCUCCAAGCGCAACUCCACGGACAGUCGGCCUGUUAGUGUCACAUACCGGUUUGGCUCAGUGGGCCAGGACACUCAGCUGUGCCUAUGGGACCUCACUGAGGACAUCCUUUUCCCCCAUCUUCCGCUCUCACGGACACGGACACACACUAACGUGAUGAAUGCUACCAGCCCCCCUGCGGGUGCUACAAUAAUCACUAACGCCUCUAGUAACACUACUAAUGGAAACAACAGUGGUGCCAAUACUCCUGGCAUUAACUCCCUCUCUACUACAUUACCACGCUCCAACAGCCUACCCCAUUCAGCCGGCACCACAACAACAACGGCAAACAAUACCAACAAGGCUGGCAGUGGUGGUGGCAUCGGCAGUGGUAUUAUGGACAGUGCGAUUGCUACAGGUGUGAGUAAGUUUGCCACGCUUUCACUCCAUGAUCGGAAGGAACGCCACCACGAGAAGGACCACAAACGCAACCACAGCAUGGGUCACAUCAGCAGCAAGAGCAGCGACAAGCUCAACCUGCUGACAAAAACCAAAACAGACCCUGCUAAGACUCUGGGCACUCUGCUGUGCCCGCGUAUGGAGGAUGUGCCCCUCCUUGAGCCUCUCAUCUGUAAAAAGAUAGCACACGAGAGACUGACUGUACUCAUAUUUUUAGAGGACUGUUUAGUGACUGCUUGUCAGGAGGGAUUUAUUUGCACAUGGGCGAGGCCAGGCAAAGUGGGUUUAUUGUCAUCCCAAAACCAAGCCAGCUCUCCCAGUGGAACAGUAGUAUAGCCACAAUAUUUCUGCUGCUAAAGAACCCUGCAACCCAGAGUCUGAUGCUGCUCUUCACCCUGCAAGCAUUGCAAGUUUUCCUUUUUUUUUUUUUUUUUUUUUAUACCCCUUCCCCCCUCCCCCCUCCGAUUGUGUUAAUGGCUUUUCUGUUCUUUUCGUUUAUCACUCACUUGACCUAGUGGAGGAAUGAAGUAAGAAAAGGUGUGGUGCAAUUGUGGACUAUUGCGCUAAUGUACUAUUGUUCUCUGGAGUUUUAACACAUUUUAGAUUUUUAAAAAUCUUUCUUUCAUGUCAAAUCUCAUCAGACUUUUGUCCCCUCUGGAAAUGAAGCUUGGCUUUGUUAGAUGCAAACCAGACAAUUGUGGCUUGAGAUUAAAGGGAUAGUUAAUUUA